AUGCGUGCUGCAGAACGCUACCUUUGGCGCGUUCUUAUGGCUUCCCAGGUCCGCACCGGUUACCUGGCCACCCAGGUCCCAGGCGGUGGCCAUAAAUUUGUGACAGAGGGGGAACAUUUGGAGCUGAUCUCUAUCACCAAGGAGCAGUCGGGAACAUACGAGUGCAUUGCCUCUAACGACAUCUCCAGCUCCGACAUAAGGAGGGUCCAGGUCACGGUCAACUACCCUCCCUUCAUUUCAAAGGCGAGGAGUACAGGAACUCCAGUUGGACAGAGAGGAGUUCUGCAGUGUGAAGCCUCGGCUGUUCCCAGGGCAGAAUUUGAGUGGUACAAAGAAGACCGCAGGCUGCUGAAUGGAAUAAACGGCCUUAAAAUAGAGACUCAAGACAAACAGUCGCUGCUCAUCUUCUUCAACGUGUCUGAAGAAGACUAUGGAAACUACACCUGCGUUGCCAUGAACACGAUGGGGAUCACUAACGCCAGCAUAAUUCUUUAUGGUCCUGGAGCGAUGCAUGAUGUAAACGGGACGCCCAUCUUCUCCUGUUGUUCUCUCUGCCUCCUGCUGACGAUAACCUUAUUCCACCUGCUCAAGUUCUGAUGAAACCUGUGACCUUCACUUUAAGCUUCUCACAGCAGCGAACAGCAAGAACAGACGAUUUAGUCCUUAUGACAAGAAGAAGAAACCAAGAAUGCCCGCGGUUCACUCUUUGUUUUCUUUCUAAUUUCCUUCUGGCUUUACAUCCGAGUCUGUUCUUUCCAGGUUCACCCAGAGUGAAAGGCAACUAUGAAAACAAGGGAAGCGUUUAAACAUGCACUAAUUUGAAGAUGGUAGAACUACAGAGCUUGUGUGUCUCCAAACCUUUUUGUACGUGAAAUGGGAAAAAAGAAAAAAAAACUGUGUGUUAUCAUUAAUAGUUGACUGUUUAUUGCCCAAUAUUGAAGUGUAAAUUCAGAUUAAUACUAUUAUUGUGUGACUUCUGUUCAAUAUCUGUACAGUACCAGUAAGCUUUUUUAAGUGAAUGACAAAAAAGGAAAUAAUGCAAUGUGAUUGUUGAAUUUCACUGUAUUUUUACAGUUGUAUGCAAAACAGAAGAAACUGAUCCUUUAAGACGAUCGGUUGAGAAUAUUAAAGUAUACACCAUUAUUUCUCAGGCAAAGUCCUCUAACAUAGUGCAUCCUCAUUUUUACCUGUAUCAUCGUGUGCGUAUAAAAUGUACAGAGUGAACGUUGAUCUCCUGCACUCUGAAAAUGCAUUUAUUUCUGAAUGGGCAUCAGCACAGAGUCAUAGCAGCUGCAAGGCACAUUCCUGACAAUCUGGAUCCAGAUUCAUGUGAGUUUAACUUUGAAACAAAUGGAAGGAUGAUGCCGCUGUCUGCAGACGGUCAAAGCGACCCGCCCUCAGCGGACGGCUGAUUGACAGCUUUCAGCCUCAUUCUGUUUACCUCAAUAUAGCAUCAGGUUCAAUUAGCAGCUUUCUAAUUACUGCUUAUUAAGUGCUGCACUUAUUUUUAGCCAUUUCUAUUUAUAAUUUCCAAACAUUGUUAUUCAUCUGAAUAAUGUUAACUCUUUUUUUUUUUAAAUAUGUGAAAAUAAACAUAUUUAAUCCAUCCCUUGUUAGACCGUCACAGUGGUCCUCAUGCUUCUUCUUUGACCAACAGUCCUCUAUGCAACUUGACUCCAUGUUUUCAUUUUACCGCCAUGUUUUGAGGUUAAACAUAAUUAAGAGAAAUUUAAUUAUGUAUUACAACUUUCUCUGUCAUCAUAUAUUGUUCUACUUGUUUUUAUUCUACAACUUUAACAAAACAGAAGUUAAAAAUAAAUGUUUUGUACUCUUAAGAAAUAAUUCAAGAAAAAAAUAUAAUUUUAGCCGACAUUAAGUUUUCUAAACCAUGUUUUCUUAUUUAAUAAUCACUUCCUUCUAUUUUUAUAAUUAUAUAUUCCAAAUGUGGGAUGUUCUGAUCAGGAUUCGCUGUUUGUGACGUAGCCGCGUGUCAGAUGGUACGGAAAAUCGAUCCAGUACUUUAUAACAAAAAUAUCUGAUUUGCUGCUAUCGUCAUAAAAUGAUAGCAGCAAAUAAAUAAAUAAAUGAAAAAUAAAGGAAACACUUUAGAAAGCAUUUUUUUCUAAAAUAAUAUGGAUAUUAAACAUCAAUUUGAAUGAAAAAUACCAACAACUGAAGCAAAGAAACACAACCGGCCUCAAGAGAUAAAUAAACAGCAGCUGCUUGUUAUGCAGCUCAGGUGGCCAACAGGAGUGAGGAGGGAACAGUCCAGGCUCAGCCAGCAGGACACGCCCCCCUGUGGGCGGUCCCACAGUGUGGGGGGGCGACAGUGUGGGCGGUCCCACAGUGUGGGGGGGGCGACAGUGUGAGGGGGGCGACAGGGUGGACUUCAGUUCAUGCCAUCUUAAGAAACUUUCCAGAGACAAUUCAACCAGAUCAUCCAGUCAGAUUGAUUCAAAGUUUUCUAUCUAAGGAAAACCAGCUGAUUGCAUCGACUCAUUGACUCUUCAGCAAUCCCUCACACUAAGCAUGCUUGU